CUCUUUCUAAUCUUUCCCAACAAAAUAACAAGAAAAGAAAAAAAAGAGAGAGAAUACAAUGGGAACCUCAAACUCUGAUAUAACAACAAAACAACUCCUACUUGAUCAUCAUGAUCAUGAUGUGGAAGUGGAACAACCACCAACUGAUCAAAAACAUCCCAACAACAAACUUUCUCUCAUCCCUCUCAUCUUCCUCAUCUACUUCGAGGUCUCCGGCGGCCCCUACGGCGAAGAGUCGGCGGUGGGGGCCGCGGGGCCUCUCCUCGCCAUCCUCGGCUUCCUCAUCUUCCCCUUCAUUUGGAGCAUCCCGGAGGCACUCGUCACCGCCGAGCUCGCCACUGCGUUCCCCGGAAACGGCGGCUUUGUGAUAUGGGCAAACAAGGCUUUUGGUCCCUUUUGGGGCUCCCUCAUGGGCUCUUGGAAGUUCCUUAGUGGUGUCAUCAAUUUGGCUUCAUAUCCUGUUCUUUGUGUUGACUAUCUCAAGCUGGUAAUCCCAAUCCUCUCUUCAGGAUUUCCUCGCUACUUUGCAAUAUUGGUCUCCACUUUGGUCCUCUCUUUUCUCAACUAUACAGGUUUGACAAUAGUUGGUUACACUGCGGUCGCAUUGGGAAUUGUGUCCCUUUUACCAUUUCUUUUGAUGACCCUUUUAGCGAUUCCCAAGGUUGAUCCCGUCAGGUGGAUUAGUUUCGGUCAAGAGAGUGUCACGAAAGAUUGGGCAUUGUUCUUCAACACUCUUUUUUGGAACUUGAAUUUUUGGGACAAUGCUAGUACUUUAGCUGGUGAAGUUGAGCAACCGCAAAAGACAUACCCAAAAGCACUUUUCUCCGCUGUGAUUUUGUCAUGCUUUGGUUACUUAUUACCUCUCUUGGCUGCAACCGGGGCUAUACCUCUAAAUCAAGAGAAUUGGGUUGAUGGGUACUUGGCCAAUGUUGCUGAAAUGAUUGCUGGGAAAUGGUUGAAGAUCUGGAUCGAACUCGGCGCAGUUUUAUCAGUGAUCGGGUUAUUCGAAGCCCAAUUGACUAGCAGUGCAUAUCAAAUUUUGGGCAUGGCGGAAUUAGGCUUCUUGCCUCGAAUUUUCGGAGCGCGGUCGAAAUGGUUCAACACCCCUUGGCUGGGAAUUUUGGUCUCAACAAUGGUACCACUUGUUGUCUCUUACAUGGAUUUCGCCAACAUUAUUUCAUCUGCGAAUUUCUUGUACAGUUUAGGAAUGUUGUUGGAAUUUUCAUCUUUCCUUUGGCUGAGAAAGAAGUUACCACAAGUGAAGAGGCCAUUUAGUGUCCCAAUGGGUUUAGGAGGGUUGGUUUUUAUGUGUUUGAUUCCAUCUGGGUUUUUGGUGUAUGUUAUGGCUGUGGCUACUAAACCAGUUCUUUUAAUUAGUACUUUGUUAACUCUGUUUGGAAUCGCUUGGUACUUCUUUAUGAAUAUCUGCAGAAAAAAGAUGUGGUUUGAGUUCAACAAAGGUGAAGAAAAGUUGGACGGUGAAGAUAUAGACUAGAUUGAUUGUAAAAUAUUACAAUAUGGAUCAAUAUUUAUGUAUCUAAUUUUUCAAUUUUUAUGAAGAAAAUUGAUUUUUUUCCUUUUUUUUUUUUUUUGCCGUGAAAUUCUUGGUUGUUCUCAAACCCAAUAUCCUAUCGC